UUGGUUUUUGUUCGAAAACGCAACCAAUUAAGUAUCCAAGGUAGCUUCAUAUCAUGGAGAGAAAUAUAUCACCAAAACUUGGGAGUUCUUUGCCGGUACCUUGUGUUCUAGAAUUGGCCAAAGAAUCGCCUGAAAUCAUCAUCCCACCACGCUACGUUCGUGAAGAUCUGGAGCCUCCGGCACCGGCGGUGAAUGAAAUUCCAGUGAUCAACAUGGCUAACUUGCUUAAAGGAGAUAACGAGGAGCUGAAGAAGAUGGAUGUUGCAAGCAAAGAAUGGGGUUUUUUUCAGCUAAUAAACCACGGAGUGAGUUCUUCAUUGGUUGAAAAGGUGAAAGCUGACACAAAAGAUUUCUUCCAUCUCCCCAUGGAAGAGAAGAAGAAGCUUUGGCAAGAGCCCGGAGAUCUUCAAGGCUUUGGACAUGCUUUUGUAAUUUCUGAGGAGCAAAAACUUGACUGGUCUGAUAUGUUUUAUAUUAUGACUCUCCCAACUUAUUUAAGGAAAUCAGAUUUAUUCCCAAAUCUCCCUUUGCCGUUCAGAGAAACAGUAGAAAUGUAUGCAGAGGAAUUGAGAAAUUUGGCCAUGAAAAUCAUUGAAUAUUUAGCAAAAGCUCUGGGAAUUGAGCUGGAACAUGUACGAGGAUUAUUCAAGGAAGGGAUGCAGGCUAUGCGGAUGAAUCACUAUCCUCGUUGUCCCCAACCAAACAAAGUCAUAGGACUUUGUCCUCACUCCGAUGCUGUCGGGCUUACAAUCCUGCUCCAACUCAAUGAUAAGGAAGGUCUCCAGAUCAGGAAACAUGACAUGUGGAUUCCUGUUAAACCUCUCCCAGAAGCCUUUGUCGUCAACAUUGGUGAUAUUUUAGAGAUAUUGAGUAAUGGAAUUUACCGCAGCAUUGAGCAUCGAGCAGUAGUAAACUCGGAAGAGGAAAGGCUAUCCAUCGCAACGUUUUUUAAUCCCAGACUUGACGCAGAAUUGGGUCCUGCCCCCACAUUGAUCACACCACAGAUUCCAGCAAAGUUCAGAACAGUGGGAGUUGAAGAUUAUUUCAAAGGUUUAUUUGCUCGAAAGCUAGAUGGUAAAGCUUACAUUGACGUUAUGAGGAUCCAAAUGGAAGAUGGUCCUCACAGUUAAUUAAUGGAGUGAUGCAAAGUAAAAAAUAAUCUCUUAAAGGCAAUAAAGACGAGAUGCUGCACUUGACUAGCUACGUAUACAUAUAUGUACAAGAUGAUUUCCGUGA